GGACCAGAAUCGAUAAGAUCCAGAUAUUUAGAUCGGAGGGUCAGAAAUCCAUCAUCUCACGUGCCGCAUCUCUCGCUUCCAUUUUAUUUACGAUAGGACCCUUACCUUUAUCUAGUUUGAGAUCGAAGACCCCCUCGAUUUCAAUUUAUUUACAUUACCACCCGCGUCCUUAGCCGCCAGCAAUGUCUUCGACCUUGACUAGCAGCAAGGCUUUUAUUAUUUGGGUCAUAAUAAAAAAUAAAGCCCAUAAAAAGCCCAAAUUAAAUUAUCGAACGUUUUACAAAACAGCCCCAAAUGUUUUGAAUAGAGCCAAUUGAGUCCUCUGAUCCUUUUAUCUUCUUCAAAUGGGAAGUCUCUCCAUCUCCACCGUGCCUCUGUUGCCGUUCCGGAUUCAGACUCAGACCCGACUUGCUGUAAUCAGUACGCGAGCGAAUACCCGAUCAUUCAAUCACAAGCCGACAAGGAUUUGCACGAAAGUUAGAGGUUUGGGAGGAAAUGGAAGAGGGCAGAAUGAUUCGAGGUUCGUUGAUGAAAACGGCGGAGUUGAGGACAUGGAAGGUUACUUGGAUCAUCUCUCUCUCGAAUACGACUCCGUAUGGGACACAAAGCCCUCCUGGUGUCAGCCAUGGACGAUAGUGGUGACGGGUUUAUCAAUAGUGGCAUGUAGCUGGGUGAUUUUACAUUCGGUUUUAGUUUCAUCGCUUGCCGUUGCUUUAAUUGGCGCUUGGUGGUACAUUUUCCUUUACAGCUACCCAAAGUCUUACUCAGAAAUGAUUGCUGAAAGAAGGGCAAGAGUAGCUGAUGGCUUUGAAGAUAUUUACGGCAAAAACAAGAAGACUCUGUAGACAAAUCCCCACUCCUAAUGUUGGAAAUGACAUUUGCUUACCUGUCGCUUGAACCAUGUAUCUAUUGGCUUAUCUCAAUUUCAUUCACAUA